AGCUGGGCGGGCGGAGCAGUGACGUUUAUUGCGGAGGGGGCCGCUUCGAAUCGGCGGCGGCCAGCUUGGUGGCCUGGGCCAAUGAACGGCCUCCAACGAGCAAAGCCUUCACCAAUCGGCGGCCUCCACGACAGGGCUGGGGGGAGGGUAUAUAAGCCGAGUAGGCGACGGCGCGGUCGACGCCAGCCAAGACAGCACAGACAGGUUUAGCUAUUGGGGUGUUUCGCGAGUGUGAGAGGUAAGCGCCGCGGCCUGUGUUUCCAGACCUGCCCUUCGCCUGGUUUGUGGCGCCUUGUGACCCCAGGCCCCUGCCGCCUGCAAGUCGGAAACUGCGCUGUGCUCUUGUGCUGCGGCCUGUGGCUGGACUGCCUGCGACGCCCUGCCUGGUGCUGCCCAACUGGCUGGGAAGAUGAAGCUCUCCCUGGUGGCCGCAAUGCUGCUGCUGCUCAGCGCGGCGCGGGCCGAGGAGGAGGACAAGAAAGAGGACGUGGGCACGGUGGUCGGCAUCGACCUGGGGACCACCUACUCCUGCGUCGGCGUGUUCAAGAACGGCCGCGUGGAGAUCAUCGCCAACGAUCAGGGCAACCGCAUCACGCCGUCCUAUGUGGCCUUCACUCCUGAAGGGGAACGUCUGAUUGGCGAUGCCGCCAAGAACCAGCUCACCUCCAACCCCGAGAACACGGUCUUUGACGCCAAGCGGCUCAUCGGCCGCACGUGGAAUGACCCGUCUGUGCAGCAGGACAUCAAGUUCUUGCCGUUCAAGGUGGUUGAAAAGAAAACUAAACCAUACAUUCAAGUUGAUAUUGGAGGUGGGCAAACAAAGACAUUUGCUCCUGAAGAAAUUUCUGCCAUGGUUCUCACUAAAAUGAAAGAAACCGCUGAGGCUUAUUUGGGAAAGAAGGUUACCCAUGCAGUUGUUACUGUACCAGCCUAUUUUAAUGAUGCCCAACGCCAAGCAACCAAAGACGCUGGAACUAUUGCUGGCCUAAAUGUUAUGAGGAUCAUCAACGAGCCUACGGCAGCUGCUAUUGCUUAUGGCCUGGAUAAGAGGGAGGGGGAGAAGAACAUCCUGGUGUUUGACCUGGGUGGCGGAACCUUCGAUGUGUCUCUUCUCACCAUUGACAAUGGUGUCUUCGAAGUCGUGGCCACUAAUGGAGAUACUCAUCUGGGUGGAGAAGACUUUGACCAGCGUGUCAUGGAACACUUCAUCAAACUGUACAAAAAGAAGACUGGCAAAGACGUCAGGAAAGACAACAGAGCUGUGCAGAAACUCCGGCGUGAGGUAGAAAAGGCCAAACGGGCCCUGUCUUCUCAACAUCAAGCAAGAAUUGAAAUUGAGUCCUUCUAUGAAGGAGAAGACUUUUCUGAGACCCUGACUCGGGCCAAAUUUGAAGAGCUCAACAUGGAUCUGUUCCGGUCUACUAUGAAGCCCGUCCAGAAAGUGUUGGAAGAUUCUGAUUUGAAGAAGUCUGAUAUUGAUGAAAUUGUUCUUGUUGGUGGCUCGACUCGAAUUCCAAAGAUUCAGCAACUGGUUAAAGAAUUCUUCAAUGGCAAGGAACCAUCCCGUGGCAUAAACCCAGAUGAAGCUGUAGCGUAUGGUGCUGCUGUCCAGGCUGGUGUGCUCUCUGGUGAUCAAGAUACAGGUGACCUGGUACUGCUUGAUGUAUGUCCCCUUACACUUGGUAUUGAAACUGUGGGAGGUGUCAUGACCAAACUGAUACCAAGGAACACAGUGGUGCCUACCAAGAAGUCUCAGAUCUUUUCUACAGCUUCCGAUAAUCAACCAACUGUUACAAUCAAGGUCUAUGAAGGUGAACGACCCCUGACAAAAGACAAUCAUCUUCUGGGUACAUUUGAUCUGACUGGCAUUCCUCCUGCUCCUCGUGGGGUCCCACAGAUUGAAGUCACCUUUGAGAUAGAUGUGAAUGGUAUUCUUCGAGUGACAGCUGAAGACAAAGGUACGGGGAACAAAAAUAAGAUCACAAUUACCAAUGACCAGAAUCGCCUGACACCGGAAGAAAUCGAAAGGAUGGUUAAUGAUGCUGAGAAGUUUGCUGAGGAAGACAAAAAGCUCAAGGAGCGCAUUGAUAGUAGAAAUGAGUUGGAAAGCUAUGCCUAUUCUCUAAAGAAUCAGAUUGGAGAUAAAGAAAAGCUGGGAGGUAAACUUUCCUCUGAAGAUAAGGAGACCAUGGAAAAAGCUGUAGAAGAAAAGAUUGAAUGGCUGGAAAGCCACCAAGAUGCUGACAUUGAAGACUUCAAAGCUAAGAAGAAGGAACUGGAAGAAAUUGUUCAACCAAUUAUCAGCAAACUCUAUGGAAGUGCAGGCCCUCCUCCAACUGGUGAAGAGGAUACAGCAGAAAAAGAUGAGUUGUAGACACUGAUCUGCUAGUGCUGUAAUAUUGUAAAUACUGGACUCAGGAACUUUUGUUAGGAAAAAAUUGAAAGAACUUAAGUCUCGAAUGUAAUUGGAAUCUUCACCUCAGAGUGGAGUUGAAACUGCUAUAGCCCAAGCGGCUGUUUACUGCUUUUCAUUAGCAGUUGCUCACAUGUCUUUGGGUGGGGGGGAGAAGAAGAAUUGGCCAUCUUAAAAAGCGGGUAAAAAACCUGGGUUAGGGUGUGUGUUCACCUUCAAAAUGUUCUAUUUAACAAUUGGGUCAUGUGCAUCUGGUGUAGGAAGUUUUUUCUACCAUAAGUGACACCAAUAAAUGUUUGUUAUUUA